ACGCUGCCACCACCUCAGCGCGGGCUGCGAGGACACAGAGACGUCAGUGCCCCAGGCAGGGCACGUGGUGUCCCUGUCCCCCCACCUGGGGGAGCGCUCACCGGUGGAGCCACUCGCUGCGCGCUCCCUUGAGAGGGUGAGAGCUGCAGCUCUGUCGCCUUCCUCCCUGACACCGAAGAGGCGCCAUGGGGUGCCGGGGCCCGUGGCCGCUCUGGAGCUGGGUGCUGUGGGGGUUCUGGGUGCUGCCAGCCGGGGAGAUGAAGGGGCAGCCUCUUGUCCUCACGCUGGACCCGUCCGAGUCGGGCAGCACCUCCUAUGUGGCCGACAGCACCAGCUCCGAGCUGCCUUCAGAGCUGGGCAUGUGCCAGGGGCUCCCCACAGCCGCAGCCGCACGGGCAGAGCUCUCCCCUCCCUCCGGCCCGACCCCCGCCUCCGCGGGCAGCCAGAGCUCAGGCAUCCUGGUGCCACAGGCAACAGCGAGUGGGCUGGCCCCAGCUGGAGGUGGUGGCGAGCAGGAGGGGCCUCCCAGCUCGGCAGCUCUCCCUGGGGGUCCAGCAAGGCAAGGCAGCCCCCAGGCAGGGUCAGGGGCUGGGGUCUCCUCUCCAGGUGCUGCCAGCCACCCAACCAGCGUCCCUCCAGCUCCCACCACCACUUGGCACAUGCAGCCUCUGUCCUUCAAGCCAACAGUGGGUCUUGCCCUGCGUGCUGUCACCGUGGAGCAGCUGCCAGUGACAGCACGGACCACAGAGCCGCUGCUCCCCCAGGAUGGGCACAGCACAGCGACACCAUCCCCCAGCAUGAGCAGGAGCUCUGCUGAGCCACACAGUACUGCCAUGCUCGUGUCCCAGGAGGUCACAGUAGGCCUGGAUGAGGUCACCUCACCUUUGGCCACAGCUGCCAGCAUCUCUCAGGACAGGGCCAGCCCCGUGAAGAUGGCAGCAGCCGCAGCCAGUCCCCCCUACACAGCGGCUGAGGGAGCCAGCAUGGCAGCCCCACCAUCUGCAGACCCUCCAAGUACAUCCUUGGCAAAGGUCACCUUUUCUCCUACCACUACUGGCACCAGCAAGGCUACAGAGCCAGGGACACAAACCUUACCCAGCACUGACCACAGUGCCUCACAGGACACUCCUGGGCCUCUCUCUCAGCUGCCUGCAGCCCUUUUGUCUGAGCUCCCUGAUGGCGCUGUGCUGGGCACACAGGGGACGCUUCUCCCCAGCCACAGCACAGCUCCAGGCACUGCCGGACGUGGGCUGCCCAGAGACGAGGCUGUCCUCCAGCCCCAGGCCACCACACAAGCUGCAGGCACACGGGCUGCAGCGAUGGAUGUCGUAGCUGGAGAGCACAUCCCACCUCUUGGAAGCACCAGUGCUGAGCUGGUGUCCAUCACGAAUGAGGCCAGUACCAAAGCCACAGCAGGCACUGCCAUCCCAGAGACCAAGGACACACCAGAGGGGCUCAGCGGGAGUCUGUCCCCCUAUGCAGCUCUCAACGACCCUGAUGAUCCCUCUUCAGGGCCCUUUCCACACUCCAUGGGCUCUCUGCUCCCUCAGUCCCUCUCAACAGGCCUUGGGACCACCACAGCAGAGGCAGCUACAGGUGGAUCUCCUCCAACCACUGCCAGCAUGGCCACGCCUUUGUCCCUCACAGGCCCCAGUGGAGCAAAGGCAGACAGGGCCCCCCGAGCUGCUGCUGCACUGCCACCUUCCAUUGCUGCGUUUGGCAUCGGGACUGUGCCAGCUACCCAUCCAUCCUCCUUCGUUAGCAACACUCCAGCCGGUGAAGCAGGGAUGGGAUCAGCAUCACUGGCCAGUGGCAGUGCCACCACAAUGCCAGGGGACACUGAAGCCACCCUGCCUGUGCCUGAUGCGCACCCCAGCCACAGCCAGCCAGGUCCCACAGGAGGCUCAACAACCCUAGGAACUGGUGUCACACCCAGAUCUGCACUAACUCCAAUGCUCUGGGCUGGGGCCCGAAUUGUGGAAGUUCCAGGGACAGAGAUGCCAUCAUCCAACACUGCACCAGGCACUGGCAGCGCUGUAUCAGAUACCCCUGGGGAACCCAGAGCAGUCACUGUUCCCAUGGCAUCACAAGCAGAUGGCCCUCCUCUCCUGGAAGGCAGAGGCAAUGUAGGGGUGGCUCUGGAAGUGUCCCCAUCCAGCAUUCCCCAAGAGACAGCAACAGUCAUGUCUCCACUGUCCCUGACUGCCCCACUGCAAGCAAUGGGGGCUUCAGGUGUUCUCCAGCCUGAUGGCAGCACCACAGGACGAGCAAUGGGGAGGGAGUUCCUGGAGGCAAGCACGGAGGAGAACCCAGGUGCCAGUGCAGUGAGGCCAGCUGCCAGCCAUGUGAUUGUCACUGCCAGGCCAUCACCAGAGCCACCUGCCACUGAGGACAAGCCCCCAGAUGGGAUCACUUCACUGGCUGUUGGCCACAAAAAUGUGUGGGAGGCUACAGCUGCAGCCAGGACAGGUGCCACAGGUACCCCUGCCCAUGUGGACACCACCCGCUCUGAGAGCAGCACCGAGGGUGCAGCACCUUCAGCCACCACCAGCAGCACCCGUGUCCCUGACUCCAAUGCCACAGGCACAAGCCUGGCCACCAUGCUGGCCACCACACCAGCCAUCAGCACAUUCCCCAGCAACGCUAACCUGCCAAGCACCUCAACAAGCUGGGAGACUUUUGUGACCAGGGUCACAGCAUCAGCUGCCACAGCACUGGCCACCAGCACCAGCAGUGUCCCAUCCCUUGCUGUAACACACAGCGAGACAGGCAGGGGUGGACAGCCUGUCCCGUCCCCAGCAGCACAUACCCCCUUGGUGGAGACAACUCUUGGAUCCUGGGGCAUCCCUGGUCCCAACACUGCUGUUGAUGUGUCUGGUUCUCCCCUCCCCAGCCUGCACAGCCCAGCUGAGGAGGCAGCAACAGCCCCCUCGUCCCUGCGUGGUGUUGGUGCAGCUGGGGUGACAGCAGCCGGACAGACUCCCACGGAGUCACCAACAGGAACCACUUCUACAUCCAUCAGCUACCAUGACAUGGGACAGGCAGCGAGCACGUCACCUCCUGCCUUCCAGACAUCUCCAGGGGCACCUGUCUGGAAGGGGAAAACAGCCAUCAGCACAGCCAGCACCACAGCUACUGCUGCAGGGAACACCAUGACCAGCACCACAGGCAGCACCACGGCCAUUGCUGCAGGGAACAGCAGUGCCACCACUGCAGGGAACACCAGUGCCACCACUGCCACCUCUGCAGACAGCACCACUGCCACCACUGCAGGGAACAGCACUGCCACCACUGCCACCACUGCAGGGAACACCAGUGCCACCACUGCCACCACUGCAGGGAACAGCACUGCCACCACUGCAGGGAACACCACUGCCACCACUGCCACCACUGCCACCACUGCAGGGAACAGCACUGCCACCACUGCAGGGAACACCACUGCCAGCACUGCAGGGAACACCACUGCCAGCACUGCCACCACUGCCACCACUGCAGGGAACAGCACUGCCACCACUGCAGGGAACACCAGUGCCACCACUGCAGGGACCACUGCCACCACUGCCACCACUGCAGAGAACACCAGUGCCAUCACUGCCACCACUGCCACCACUGCAGGGAACAGCACUGCCACCACUGCAGAGAACACCAGUGCCAUCACUGCCACCACUGCCACCACUGCAGGGAACAGCACUGCCACCACUGCAGAGAACACCAGUGCCAUCACUGCCACCACUGCCACCACUGCAGGGAACAGCACUGCCACCACUGCAGAGAACACCAGUGCCAUCACUGCCACCACUGCCACCACUGCAGGGAACAGCACUGCCACCACUGCAGAGAACACCAGUGCCAUCACUGCCACCACUGCCACCACUGCAGGGAACAGCACUGCCACCACUGCAGGGAACACUACUGCCACUACUGCCACCAGUGCAGGCAGUACCAAGGCCAUCACUGCAGGAGGCACCACGGCUGUUGCAUCCACAGCCCCAGUGAGCCCAGCUGAGGAGGUGGGAAGUCUCCCAGCCCCAGGCACCACGGCGCCAGUGAGAACACCAGCCACCACCAGCCCUGCCACUGCCCUGGGUCAUGCCUUUGGGACACAGAGAGGACCAUCCACCGAACUGAGCACAGCUGCCCACACCACCACAGGGCACAGAGCUCCUGUACCAGAGCCUCAACCCACCCAUGAGCAUAUCAAGCCAGCAGCCUCACUCUACCCCUUUGGCGUGGAAGGAGGGGACCAAGAGUACGUCCAGAGGAUGGUGGAUUUUAACUCACCUCUGUUCAAGCCAGAAAUUGGAUUUCCCUUUGGGAAGUCACUGCGAGAUGCUCUCUAUUUUACAGAUAAUGGACAGAUCAUUUUUCCACCCACGGACAACUAUGUCCCAUCCAACCCCAACCCCCCUCCCCGGGGCUUCACAGGCCGGGAGAGCUUGCCAAUGGUGGCUGUCUUUUGGGAUGAUGCAGACUUUUCCAAGGGUGUUGGCACCACUUGGUACCAGGAGUACUCCACACUCAGCUCUACCCAAGACUCUGUUGUCCAAGAUGUGGAAGCAAAGAUUGAGAAAUACCUAAAAAUCUCCUAUGUAGCAAAAUGGACCUUGAAGGUGACAUGGGAGAAAGCUCCAGCAUACCCAUCCCGGAGGGAUGACCCUCAGACAAACACCUACCAGGCAGUGCUCACCACCGAUGGGGUCAGCUCCUUCGCCCUGCUGCUCUACCAGGACGGGGGCAUGCGCUGGGACUACUCCAAGCUGGCUGCAGCCAACGUGCUGAUCGGCUUCUCCAGUGGCAAUGGCUAUGCCCAAAACAACAAGCUGACUCAGAAGCCACCAGCUGUCAAGUACCGACCAGACCAGCACAGCAGCACCGGUUUUGAUGUGCGUGGGCUGUGGAUUUACAGACUGGACAGUCGCUCCCGGGUGAAUUACAGGCUGCAGUGCCUGGCGUGGCUGGACACAGAGCCAGCGCCGGCCACCUGGAACAGCCAGCUGCCACCAUGCCCCUGCUCCCGGCCCCAGGCAGAGCUGGAUCCCCGCUACCGCUGGAGUAGAGGCCUGGCGGACACCUCUGUGAAGAUGCUGCGCACUGCGUCCCCCAGCCCAGCUGGAGCUGGGGUACGAUGUCUGUACCAAGGUGGGAGCUUGCUCGAAGGCUGGCAGGAGAGAGCAUGGAGCCCCCCCUUCCACGCUGCCACUGACAGGGAGCUGGAAGCAUUCGACUGGUGCUGCCGGCGUGUGAGGAAGCCCCUGUUCUGUGCCAGGUUUGCUGAGAAGAGGCCGAGGGUUGGCUGUGAAGGAUACGUGCCACCCACCCCCGCUGGUGCCUUUGGAGACCCUCACAUCACCACCCUGGAUGGACUCACCUACACCUUCAAUGGGCUCGGGGACUUUGUCCUGCUGCUGGCCAGCGAUGCCCAGACCAGCUUCAUUUUGCAGGGGCGCACAGCACAGACUGGCACGGCCCAGGCCACCAACUUUGUGGCCUUUGCUGCCCAGUACAUCUCCAACACCACCACAACAGUUGAAUGGACCUUGGGGAGCCAGGAUGACAUCCAAGUCCUCCUGAACAAUGAAACCAUCCCGUUUUCCUUUUCCCAAGACCUGGGUGACGAGGUCUACUACAGCCCUGGUGUCCUGCUGGUCAACACCUCCUCUGUCACGGCCGUCUUCGAUGGGACCGUGGCUGUCUCUGUCUCGGCCACCUCUGGGAUGCUCAGCGUGGUCUGCAGCCUGCCCGACCGGUACCGCAGCAGCACCAGGGGCCUCCUGGGUGUGUGGGACCAUGACCCUGCGGAUGACUUCCAGAUGCCAAAUGGUACCAGCGUCCCUGUGAACAGUAGUGAAGAGGAGAUCUACAGCUAUGGGAUGACCUGGGCUGUUGGGGAGCACUGCCUGUUCACUCAGCCUCUGGACUCACCAGCACUGAACUUCACACCCUUCUUCUUGUCUCGGCUGCGGCAGGAGAAUGAAAGCCAGUACCAGCUGGCAGCCUUGCAGUGUCACAGCAGCAAGGAGUGCAUCUACGAUGCGCUGAGCACAGGGAACCUGGCCCUGGGCCUGGCCACCCAGAGCCUGGCAGCAGACUUCCAGCAGAGGAAGACAGCACUUAAUGCCUUCCCUCCCAUCAUCUCUGGUGACACAUCAAUCACAGCCUUCAGGACAGAGAAGGUCAGAAGGCAGUACCAUGCUUCGGGCGCAGGCACACGCUUCAUUCCCCAUCUCUCACCAGAGCUCACCAUAUCAGAGAAUGGCACCCUGAUAUGGGAGCCCCGUGGCAUAGCCCCAUUCACCUUCAACCUGGAGGCUGUUGGGUCCAACAACAUCUCUGCGCUCCUCCAGCUCCGCUUCACCCUUUGCAGAUGCAGCAGGAGCCAGGAGUGUGACUAUAGCAACACUGUCACUCUCAAGGAGUCCUCCUUGCAGCUGGCAGCCUGCAGAUGUGACAGUGGCUACUCAGGUGCCUUCUGCCAGGACCCUCCGGACCCCUGCUCCCAGGGAUGCUUCCCUGGCGUGGGAUGUGACCCUUUCAGUGGCUGUGGGCCCUGUCCAGCUGGCCUGACAGGGGAUGGACAGCACUGCUCAGAUAUCGACGAGUGCGCGCAGGGGAUGGAGUGCCCGGGGAACAGCACCUGCACCAACACUGUGGGCAGCUACGUCUGCUCCUGCCUGGACAGUCAGCAGGGUGAGAGGCCAGGCUGUGGCUCAGCUUGCAGCUACCAUUCCUGCCCUGAGGGCUACUGCAGCAACAGGGGACACUGCCACCUUCACCCCAUCACCUGUGCCCCCACCUGCACCUGCCCCCCAGCCUUCAUCGACCAGCACUGCCUGGUGGCAGGAGGGGAUUUUCAGCCACUGCCCAGCACAGGUCUCCCUCGGAGAAGCAUCCAGAUAAGGAUCAAGAUACUGCAAAACACCACUGCUGAGGAAGUCAACAGCACUGUCUCAGCCAUCCUGGGCUCCCUGGAGGUCAAGGCUUUCCAGAGCAACACCAACAUCACCCAGAUGACAGACAGCGAUGGCUUCACCUUCGUGGUGGUGUCCGAGUUUGCCUACGACAGCCGCGGCACCGUCAUCCGCUUCCUGAACCAGGAGCUGCCCGCGGCCGUCACCGGCGCCUUCAACGCGCGGCGCGGGCGGCGGGAGGCGGGCGCGGGGCUCCUCUUCCAGCGCCUGCACCAGGACAACAUCACCGACCUCGUGAAGCUGACAGUGGAUGAGCUGAGGGACUAUUUCCCCUGCUCUCUGUACGGCUACAAAGGCUACCAGCUCCACUACAUGGACACCAUCGGCUUCAUCUGCAUCUCCCCGUGCAAGAUGGGCUACUGCCAGCACGGUGGCCAGUGCCAGCACCUGCCCGAGGGGCCCACGUGCAGCUGCCUGCCCUUCUCCAUCUACUCCCCGGCCGGAGCCCGGUGUGAGUGGCUGGCCGUCAGCCUGGCUGCUUUCCUCGGCAUCCUGCUGGGAGCCCUGGCUCUGCUCUGCCUCCUGUUUGCCAUCGCCUGCCUGGCCCUGCGCCUCUGCCGCCAGCGCCGCCAGCACCGGGGGGCCAAGGAGACGUUGUGGAGGACACGGCCCUUCUCCUAUAACAAUCCAGAGACCCCACGUUAUGCCUCUAAGCCAGUCCCCCCAGGAGCCCUAACCUUCCUCGGAUCCUUUUCUGGCACCUCCAGGCUCACAGAGGAGCCAGACACUGCUGCCUGCUCUGCCACUUGCUCUCAAGGUCUCCAGCAGCAGCAGUACAUGCAAUCAGGGGACAGGCAGAGCCUUUUGGGUUCUGGGAGGAUCCACUCUGGAGGAGGUGCUUUUUUGAAUGUGUGUUUAUGUUGGGUGACCAAAGCAGGAGGAUUUCACCUUCCCCUGAGGACCUGCAGAGACCUGGGAUCAUCCUUGGAUGUGUCUGCACCAGAGUAUGUGCCUCUGCAAUAUAACCAGACCCUGCAGGGCCCCUGAGAGCAGGGCCAGGUGGGCAAAUGCAGUGAUUGUAAUCCCUUAGGAACCAAAUAGAAUAAACCAAAAAUGUUGUCUUGCUGUUAAAUUUUCUGCACCUCA